AUGGCUCGUCAAAUCGUUGUUUUCGCUUUGGUCUUAAUCGCCCUUGUAGGCAUGGUCUCUGCUGCCGGCUCCAAGGCCUCUACUUCACCCGCCCCUGCGCCUGGCGAUGCUGCUGCCUCCGGUGGCCUUGCAGGUUCACCUGGCGGUGCUAGUUCUCCUCCUUCUUCGGCUCCUAGUCCUGGCAGUGGUGUCGCGGCACUUGAGGUCUCGACUGUCGCCGGAGUUGGAGUUGCCUUUGUCGCCGGCUACUUUAUGUUUUAA